AUGACCAACACCACCACUACGACCACGAGCCCCCGAGACCUGAACACGUCGCGAUCGUCGACAUCCCUCAGCCCUCAAUCGACGGGACGGCUGCCAAAGCACCAGUCCAGUCGCGACCGCAUUGAGCAAAUCCUCGAGGGAGCCCGUGAGCGCGCCGAAUCCCUCGACCAGACCGACCCUGGCAGCAUCAACCCCGGGCUACGGCCGCUGCUGGCCAGCUCGCCGUCACCACACACCGCACUUCCCCCCGACCUUGACGAUAGCCACCAUGGCGGCGGUUAUGCCAGUGAAUCGAUCGUCACGACGCAGCCGACCAGACAGCCCAGUUUGAACUACCUCAGCACAGCGCAGACAGCACCCAACUCGACGAGACGGAGAUCAAUCCAACCAAAAAAGUCCUUUACUACCGCCGGCGUCGAGAGGCAGGACCAGGCGCCGUCGCAGCCACUUGUAGCGUCAGGGGCAGCUGGUUGUGAUAGCGGGGAUAGCCAGUCGAUGAGGGGGAGCACAAAUACCGGGCAGAAGGAAGAGUCGCGGUGGAAGAGGACGCUGCGGUAUUUUAAGAGCAUCGAGCUGGAGAAUAAAGGGAGUGUGGCGAGGGACCAUCUGGCGUUGGCUGAGGUCCAAGCUGAGAUUGAGGAGUCAUCAGCGCUCGUGUCGCUGCACUCACCUUCUGCUCUGCAACGUGCCGGCGUAGCCCUGACCAACCUAACCAUCCUCUCCCAACGCACCGGCCUCGGCGGAAAAACCGUCCUCGAGCUCGGCCCCGACCCCGCCUUCACCAUUUCCACCUCCGAACUUCCCGAGCACGCCAUCCGCGUGGGUGAUAUCGUCCUUGUCUCGGAGCUGCACGCCCAGAGUGGGAUCAAGACUACCAAGAGGGGGAAGACCAAGGGGCUUGCGGGGGGCGAUGGGGGUUCCGGAGGGGGUGAAAAGCAGACGGGAGUGAAGGGGGUUGUGACGAAGGUCGGGAAGGGGACGGUGUGUGUGGCGGUCGAGGAGGAGGAUGCUGAACGCGGGGAGGAGAGGAUUCCCGAGGGGAGGUGUUGGAUUGUUAAGGUGGCGGAUGAUGUUACUUAUCGGAGGAUGUCCCAAACGAUGGAUAAGCUGGCUAAGAUGAGCGAAGCGGAGUACACGCCCUUCAUAAGGGUGCUAUUUGGGCUGUCCUCGCCGUCGCCAGUGCCUGAGGAUCUGUCGAAGGAUCCGGAGGUGGGCAAUAUUGAGUGGUUCGACAAGACGCUGAAUGAUAGUCAGAAGGAUGCCAUUCGGUUUGCGCUGGCGUCUAAGGAGAUUGCUCUCAUCCACGGCCCCCCAGGGACAGGCAAAACUCACACCCUAAUCGAACUGAUCCUUCAACUCCUCUCCCGCAACCUCCGUAUCCUCGUCUGCGGUCCCUCCAACAUCUCCGUCGACAACAUCGUCGAGCGCCUAGCCCCGCACCAAAUCCCGCUCAUCCGCCUCGGCCACCCCGCCCGCCUGCUCCCCUCCAUCCUCCCCUACUCUCUCGACAUCCUCACCCGCACCUCCGACGCCAGCGCCAUCGUGCAGGACAUCCGCUCCGAGAUGGAUACCCUGCAGUCCUCGAUCCGCAAGACGCGCUCGGGACGAGAACGCAGGGCGAUCUAUGCGCAGCUGAAGGAUCUAAGAAAGGAGUAUCGCGAGCGGGAGAGGAGGUGCGUGGAUGAACUGAUAAAGGGGAGUAAAGUCGUGCUGGCGACGCUGCAUGGAGCCGGGGGGUUUCAACUCAGGCAGGAACAGUUUGAUGUGGUGAUCAUCGAUGAGGCGAGUCAAGCUCUCGAGGCGCAGUGUUGGGUUGCGCUACUGGCGGCGAAGAAGGCGGUUUGUGCGGGGGAUCAUUUGCAGUUGCCGCCGACGAUUAAGAGUCUUAACUCUUCGAAGGGGGCAUCUGCGAAAAAGGGGGGUCCGUCGCUCGAGACGACGCUUUUUGAUCGGUUGCUGGCACUACAUGGCUCGGGGAUCAAGAGGAUGCUUACGACGCAGUACCGCAUGCACGAGAAGAUCAUGCGGUUCCCUUCUGACGAACUUUACGAUGGCAAGCUCGUUGCGGCCCCCCGAGUUGGGGACAGGCUACUCAAGGACCUACCUUAUGGCGUGGAGGAGACGGAUGAGACGACAGAGCCGCUCAUCUUCAUUGACACGCAGGGUGGUGACUUCCCGGAGAAAAAUGAAGACGACAGUGACCAGCAGGACGGCAGCAAAAAGAAGUUGACCAAGGGCAUGAUCUACAGCGAGAGCAAGAGCAAUGAGAUGGAGGCUGCGCUGGUCAGGCAGCACGUGAGGAAGCUGGUUGAGGCAGGCGUCAAGGCGGAGGAUAUCGCGGUUGUAACGCCAUACAAUGCGCAGCUUGCGAUCCUCGCCCCACUCAAGGAUGAGUUCCCGGGCAUUGAGCUGGGCAGCGUGGACGGGUUCCAGGGGCGCGAAAAGGAAGCCGUCAUCGUCAGCCUCGUCCGGAGCAACCCGGACGGAGAAGUCGGCUUCCUGGGCGAGAAGCGCCGGCUGAAUGUGGCCAUGACGCGCCCAAAGCGCUCGUUGACAGUCAUCGGAGACUCGGAGACCGUCAAGAAGGGCAGCAAGUUCCUCAAGAACUGGAUGGAGUUCCUUGAGGAAAAUGCCGACCUCCGGUAUCCGGACCUGGCAUCGCUCAACAAGUAA